AUGCUUCGGCCAUGGUUCAAUAGCGGCGUCGUCCGCUCUCUUAGUCGAGUUCGUCGCCCAUUAUACCCUGUAUCAAUACAAAGAUCCUUUUCCUCCGCCCGCACCCUUCACGCGACAACAGACCGAGUCCCUCUGCGCAAACAGCUGAAGCAGGAAGCCAAGGGCCAUAAAGCCCAGAAGAGACAGCGCAAAGAGAGCGAGAAGGCAUCAAGGCAGACAUGGAAGCUCACUGUUGGAAUUGAGAUUCAUGCUCAAGUCGAUACUGCUGCAAAACUAUUCUCCAAAGCUCCUACAUCCACAAGUGAUGCUCCUAAUUCCAAUGUUGCCCUAUUCGACCUAGCAUUUCCAGGUAGUCAACCGGAAUUCCAAGCAGCGACUCUUCUGCCCGCUCUUCGUGCCGCAAUCGCCCUGAAUUGUGAGAUUCAACCGGUCAGCCGGUUUGAUAGGAAACACUAUUUUUACCAAGAUCAACCGGCAGGAUACCAGAUUACCCAAUAUUAUGAGCCCUUCGCACGAAACGGCUACGUCGAUCUGUACGACUACGACGGUAUCGCACCGGAGGAUGGAGACCGAGUCCGAAUAGAUAUUAAACAAGUUCAGCUGGAACAGGAUACCGCCAAAUCACAGGAAUACCCACCCUCCACGCAGCUCCUCGAUUUCAACCGCGUGUCUCACCCGCUCAUUGAGAUUAUCACCAUGCCGCAGAUCCAUACCCCCGCAACCGCUGCAGCCUGUGUCCGCAAACUGCAAUCCAUUUUGCAAUCCUGCGGAGCCGUCACAACAGGAAUGGAGCUGGGAGGUCUGCGUGCUGAUGUCAAUGUGUCGAUUCGACGCCGAGGUGAAGCACCGGGUCAAUGCCACUACGAUGGAAUCAGCGGACUCGGUCAACGCACUGAGAUCAAGAACUUGAGCAGUUUCAAGGCAGUGGAGGACGCCAUCAUUGCGGAGAAGAAUCGUCAGAUCAGACUCCUGGAGAGCGGCGGUGUUGUUGAGGGUGAGACUCGAGGAUGGACGAUUGGCAGUUCUGAAACCCGACUUCUUCGUGGUAAAGAAGGAGCCGUUGACUACCGCUACAUGCCCGAUCCUGACAUCCCACCUUUGGUGAUUGGCGAAGACCUAAUUGCUCAUCUGCAAGAAAAUCUCCCCACUUCUCCCGAUGCUCUCCUUGCGCAGCUUACUGGGUCCGAGUAUGGUAUCCCAAUUGAGGAUGCCAAGCCGUUGAUCGAGUUGGAUGACGGUGCUCGUCUCGAGUAUUAUCAAGAUGUAGUGGACAUUCUCCACACUCUACAUGGUGACUCGGGCCAAUCCACAGCGGCCCUUGCGCGAAUUGCGGCUAACUGGGUUCUUCAUGAACUGGGUGGCCUCUUGACUAAAGCAGACCGGUCCUGGGAUGCGGAGAUCGUUCCGGCCCGAUCUCUGGCUGAAUUGGUCCACCAGCUCCAAAUGAAGAAGAUAACUGGUCCUACUGCGAAGCAAGUCUUGGCUGGGAUUUUUGAAGGCGAUCGUCGAGCAGUCUCCCAGAUCUUAGAAGAGGAGAAUCUCCUGCUACGGCCCUUAUCGCGCGAUGAAUACAUAUUAUUGGCGACAUCGGCCAUUUCGAUGAACCCCAUGAUGGCCCAGUCGAUUCGAAAUAAUAAGAAAUCGCUGCACAAGCUAGGCUGGUUCGUGGGGCAUGUGAUGCGCAUGGGCGAGAAGGGCCGUGUUGAGGCCCCCAAGGCCGAAGAAGUUCUUCGCGAACUGAUCCUCGGGGAGAAACGAUAG